CGGUCACCGGCUGUGCGCCCUGGGAUUAGGCAAUGCCCCAAGCCAGAGCCAGAGUAACGGGACUAGGGGCUGCGGGUCGCAGUCCCGGAGCCCAAGGGGCUGGGGUCGCAGCCGAGCCCAAAGCCCAGGGUGGGAGCCUGGCCGCAGCGCAUGCACGAUGCCCUACCUGCUCAUCAGCACUCAGACCCGCAUGGAGGUGGGCCCCACAAUGGUGGGCGACGAGUACUCGGAUCCAGAGCUGAUGCGGCAUCUGGGGGCUUCAAAAAGAAGUGUCCUGGGAAACAACUUUUUUGAGUACUACGUCAAUGACCCUCCUCGCAUAGUCCUGGACAAGCUGGAACGAAGGGGCUUCCAUGUGUUGAGCAUGACAGGGGUGGGCCAGACGCUGGUAUGGUGCCUGCACAAGGAGUGACCUUCACACUGAGCAGCAGACAGGGCACCGCUUGAGUGGUGCCAAGAGCUCUGAUCCCAAGCCCUUGCCUCCCUCACUACCCUGCCCCUCUCUUCUCAAAUCAUCAUUUUUCCUUGGCCCAGCACCACUGGGCAAUAAAUGGCCUUCUCUGAAACCUGCCUCAGCAGGGGGCAGGGCGGGCAAGGCCCUUUGCGUGGUGCUCUCAGCAGCCCCUCCACCUUCCGGCCAGGGGCCCUGGAAGAGGCCAUGUUCAUGCAGAGGCUGAGAGUCUGGCAAGAGCCAGGCUGUCCCUGGCCAAGAGCAUGGCCCAAGGAUGGGCAGGUGGUUUCUAUGUAGCUAGUCCAGACCAAUAAAGGGCUGUGAUGAGUGGUU